AUGCCGCCCACGAUACCUUCAAAUCUAACAAUGUCCAUUGAAGCACAUCAGAAAUGGGUGCGAGUCGUCCAGGAGACAAAGACGUUGAUAGAUAAGGAUACAGAACUACAAACGAAAGCCGCAAAAGGUGUCCGCCUGAAAGAGCGUCACGUCCCACCGGAAGUGCUUGGGGGGUUGUACGCGAAGUACUGCAACCUCGCCAACCGGAUGUACCAGGCGUAUGUAGACAGCAUGCAGUUACAGCGCGCCCCAUACAUUGCAGAUAUCAUCACGGUUGUGAUGAGACGGUUAUAUGAGCUGCGGAAGGAACUUGUACUCAUGAUAGUGAAUGACUACAUAUACGUGGACUCCGCCCUUAUACAGCAGCGGCUCACUCCGCAGGAUAUUGAGGUGGUAGUCCCAUGUCACUUUGCGAUGGAGGCACGAAAAGACUCCAUAGAAGAACUACUCCAGGCCAUGUGGGCGGAAUCCAUACAGAGGAUUGCUGCUCCAACUAUGGUCCACAAAUCCACCAGUGCCCUAUACAAUCGCCAACUAAGCAGCGAAGAAGCCGCAGUUCCCGUGAAGAGCGACUCCGUUAUUGUCCCCGAGGCGUACAUUCGAACUACCAUCAUCCAAGCACACGAACGAUAUAGACAGUAUUUCGUGAGAGACUACAAAUCCAAAUGUAUGCGGAGACGAAUGUAUUUUGCGAAAAAUGUGAAGCCUGCUCCGAAACUCCUGAGGGUCGCAGCCGCGAGUCUCAUCCAAAGAGUGUAUAGGCGGUAUAUGGAAAUCAAGAGGCAAAGACUCCGAGACUAUAAGAGGGAUGUUAUAUUGGGCAUAGUUCCGGACCCGUGGAGCAAGGGUCAGGUGGACCUCAAAGAAGAAAACAAGAAACUGUACUCAUUGCGACGCCGUAUCAACAUGAGAACGAGACAGAAAUAUAUGGAAGAGUUGGAGAAAGAGAGUACGAGGCUUAUAAUGUUCAAGAGAGACGUACAGAUAGAUGACAUCACCGACCAUAUUCGGGAGUGGUUUAAAGAAUGGUUGUACGGAUACGGGUUCUUCCCCGACUACCCGUAUGAUGCGGAAGGCGGCACCAUUCUGGUGAUACGGGGGCAGUAUAUCACCGUAGAGGAGAAGAUUGAGGCAGACGAGAACCUGGCAGCUGCUACCAAAGGGAAGACUAAAGAACAGUUGAAACAAGAGAAGGAGCGAGCGAAAUUCGAAGCCAUCGAAAAGGCUAUAGCCCAGAAAGAGAUAGAAAAGAAACUGGCCGAACAGGAACACAAGUUGAAGGGAAACCCGCUGUUUGACCCUGGAUACAAGAUGAAGCAAUCGCACCAUAUGGAGGACUUGCAUCAGGUUCUGCAGCGAUACAUAGGCUGCUGGUCUGUCUACGAUAGCUUCUCACCAGAGCUGGACGGCGAGGUGGUGUAUGGCUACAUCCGCUCCAUCAUGAGCGAGGACGUGAUGAACCAGCUCCAUGAGGAAUGCAGGCGAUAUGUGGACGAGCUGAUGAGAUUGGAGUUGAAACUCCUCGUGGAAGCGCACAAGUUGCAAUACAAGAUGGCGGGCCAGAAGUACCCGGCGAGGAAGCCGCGGAAGGCACCUCCCCUUCCUCCCGUCACGGUUCCUAAGCCCCUUAAGGAUACGCUUGACGGUUUUCAGUACCUGUUCGACCUGGGGAUAAUUUCGAAACCAUCGGAAAAGAUCGACGACAUCAUCGGGGACUCUAACUACGCAGCCUACGAACAAAACAUUGCGGAUCCGAAUUCAAGCUUCCCGCCGCCCGGGUACGGCGACGUGCGCCGUCGCCUCGUCCUGUCCUGCGUGUUCGGGUCCGGACUCGAACCCGGGGCCGUGCGCAACCGAGCCGUGAUGCUCCUCGGCCCGCGCCGCAACGGCAAGAGCUUUCUCGUGGACUGUGUCGCUGGGGAAAUGAAUGCAGUGAAAAUCGACAUAUCGCCAGAAAUGGUGAGCGCCGUGGUGGCGAGGCCAGGAAAAACGAUCCAAGACGUAUUCCUGGCCGCACGGGCGUUUCAGCCUUGCGUGGUCUACAUGAGAAAUGUGGAGAGGGUCUUUCUCAGUCGCGUUCCACGAGAGCAGAGAUACUUGAAGGCAGGACGUGUGAAAGCGGCAUUAGUGAAGUGUGUGAAAGGGAUAGCUGCCGAGGACAAAAUCAUUUUUAUAGCGACAUGCACCAAUCCUUUUGGCUUUAAGGCUGCUCCAAUGGUGUCAAUUUUCAACGAGAUGAUCCUAGUACCGCGUACCGACUACAAUAGUCUACAGCUCUUCUUUUACAACAAGCUGCAAAGUAUAAGAAGCGUGAAGCGUGAUUACUGCGUGCAGGGUGUAGCCAAGAUGCUCCAGGGAUACGGGUUCGGAGUCAUCACGGAGGUGUUCAACCAAGUCAUGAGUGCCGAGAGAAUUGUCAGACUGAACAUCACUCCGCUAUCACCGGAGGAAUUCACCAACGCCAUGGAGAAUUUCGAGGCCCUCAGUUUAGAGGACUACCAGCUGUACGUAGACUUCUUCAUCAUGAACUGUUAUCUGAAGAAGCCGAGAGCUGACCUGAUGGAUAUAAACAGGCGGAGGGCGGACGUUUAUGAGAUGCUUAGGAAGAAGGCGGAGAAGGAACAAGAGAAAUAA